AUGAUUCCUCCAAAUCCAACAAGCCUGGGGAGCACUGCAUUCUUGAAUCCUGCAUUUUCUCUCAAAAUGAUGGUGUGGGCACUUCUGUUCUUCUCUCUCAUCCAGUGUUCCACACAAAAGGGAGAUGAUGAUUAUGAAGAUUAUACUUCAAAUAAGACUUGGGUUUUGACUCCCAAAGUCCAUGAAAGUGAUGUGACUCUUAUUUUAAAUGGUUUGCUGGAAGGAUAUGACAACAAAUUGAGACCUGACAUCGGAGUUAAACCGACAAUAAUUCACACUGACAUGUACGUAAAUAGCAUUGGCCCUGUGAAUGCUAUCAAUAUGGAAUAUACAAUUGAUAUAUUUUUCGCCCAAACGUGGUAUGACAGACGUCUGAAGUUCAACAGCACUAUAAAAGUGCUCAGAUUAAACAGCAACAUGGUUGGGAAGAUCUGGAUACCAGACACGUUUUUCCGGAAUUCCAAGAAGGCUGAUGCUCAUUGGAUAACAACUCCUAACAGGAUGCUCAGGAUCUGGAAUGAUGGCAGAGUCUUGUACACUUUGAGGCUGACAAUUGAUGCUGAGUGUCAGCUACAGUUACAUAACUUCCCAAUGGAUGUCCACUCCUGCCCACUGGAAUUUUCAAGCUAUGGCUACCCCAGAGAAGAGAUCAUUUACCAGUGGAAGCGCAGCUCGGUGGAGGUGGGGGACACCCGCUCCUGGAGGCUUUACCAGUUCGCCUUCACAGGACUCAGAAACACAACUGAGGUGGUGAAGACUACUUCAGGAGAUUAUGUAGUCAUGUCUGUCUUCUUUAACCUGAGCAGGAGAAUGGGUUAUUUCACUAUUCAGACCUACAUUCCCUGCACACUUAUUGUUGUCUUGUCCUGGGUCUCUUUCUGGAUUAAUAAGGAUGCAGUUCCAGCCAGAACAUCACUGGGAAUUACAACUGUCCUGACAAUGACCACCCUAAGUACCAUUGCUCGUAAAUCUCUUCCCAAGGUCUCCUAUGUGACAGCCAUGGAUCUUUUUGUGUCAGUCUGCUUUAUUUUUGUGUUCUCUGCACUGGUGGAAUAUGGAACUUUGCAUUACUUUGUCAGCAACAGAAAGCCAAGCAAGGAUAAAGACAAAAAGAAGAAAAACCCACUUCUUCGGAUGUUUUCCUUCAAGGCACCUACUAUUGACAUCCGCCCCCGAUCAGCAACAAUCCAAAUGAACAAUGCUACACACCUCCAAGAAAGGGAUGAGGAGUAUGGCUACGAGUGUCUCGAUGGCAAGGACUGUGCCAGUUUCUUUUGCUGCUUUGAGGAUUGUCGGACGGGGGCGUGGAGGCACGGCAGAAUACACAUCCGCAUUGCCAAAAUGGACUCCUACGCCCGCAUCUUCUUCCCCACUGCCUUCUGCUUGUUCAACCUGGUCUAUUGGGUGUCAUAUCUGUACCUUUAA